AUGGACGAUCAUGGAGAUAUCGUGAAUAGCGGUGGCGGCGUGGUGGAGGAGGCGGAGAGGGACCUGGAGAGUUUGCCCAAUAAUAAUUCUGAGUCCGCCGGCUGUUUGUCAAGAGACGUAAGCUUUGGUGCUAAGUACCAGCCCGCUGUAAAGGAUCGCAAGGUAUACACGGGUUGGCAGACGUGGGUAUUGGCUUACCAGAGUUUGGGAGUGGUGUACGGGGACAUCGGAACGUCGCCGUUGUACGUGAUUUCUUCCGUCCAGUUGGAGAAUAUUCCGACGGAGGCGGAUUUCUUGGGGAUUAUGAGUCUCAUUUUCUGGACUCUCACUUUACUUCCUCUCAUCAAAUACGUUUUCAUCGUUCUCCGCGCCGACGAUCACGGCGAGGGUGGUACUUUUGCUCUCUAUUCUUUCCUCUGCCGCCACCUCAACUUCCGGACCAAACUCACCAUCCAGAACACCCGCCUUGACUCAGAUUCAAACAAGAGUUUCUACACUCAAACAACUGGAAGGCUCAAGUCCAAGACAAAAGGCUUCAUUGAGAACAGCGUUGUGGUUCAAUCUGUGCUCACCUUUGUAGUCCUACUUGGAACUUGCAUGGUCAUUGGGGACGGUGCUCUCACUCCGGCCACCAGUGUUCUGUCAGCUCUUCAAGGCAUACAAUCACUUUCUCACCGUAUAACACAGGAUUAUGUUAUCCUGAUAUCGGUGGUGCUCUUAAUCAUCCUGUUCGGGUUCCAGAGAUUCGGGACAAGCAAAGUGGGAUUCUCGUUCUCCCCGAUCAUGCUCUUGUGGUUCACUUUUAACUGUCUUAUAGCCAUUUACAACAUCACCAAAUUCUACCCUUCAAUCUUCAAAGCCCUGUCUCCUUCCUAUGCCGUCACUUUCUUCUCGAGAAACGGUUACGUCGGAUUCAAGGCUCUCGGCGCCAUCUUCUUAUGCACUACCGGCGCUGAAGCCAUGUUUGCUGAUCUCGGCCAUUUCAACAAAAGAUCAAUCCAGUUUGCCUUCUCUUUGUUGGUGUACCCCUCCUUGGUCCUGACCUACGCGGGAGAAACGGCUUUCUUGAUCAAGCACCCGGGUGAUGUCAGCACGGCCUUCUAUAGUUCCAUACCCAAACCGGUCUACUGGCCCAUGUUUGUCGUCUCCACCUUAGCCGCCAUUGUUGCUAGUCAAUCCAUGAUCUCCGCAAGCUUCUCCAUCGUCAAGCAAUCUUUAGCACUGGGCUGCUUUCCGCGCGUCAACAUUAAGCACACCUCGUCCAAGUACGAGGGACAAGUUUACUCACCGGAAGUAAACUUCAUGAUCGCAGUCAUCUGCAUCGCUCUGGUCGUGGGUUUUCGAAACGGAACUCAAAUUGGAAACGCUUACGGUGUGGUGGUUAUAUGGGUGAUGAUCAUAACCACGUGUCUAGUGACUCUAGUGAUGUUGGUCAUAUGGGACACCAACGUUUUCCUAAUCGCGUCCUUCUUCAUCCCGUUCGUGAUUCUCGAAGGUAUUUUCAUGGUUUCUCUUCUCAACAAGAUUCCGCAAGGGGGAUGGGCUCCGUUUGCAAUCUCGGCUUUCUUUUUAGUGAUCAUGUUGUCUUGGACGUACGGUAGGAGCAAGAAGACGGCGUACGAUGCAGAGAGAAAGAUGUCGACUUCUGAACUCGUCGAUAUAUUGUCGAAAAAGGAAACCAGCCGGCCACCAGGGAUUUGUUUCUUCUGUACAGAUCUAGUGAACGGGAUUCCACCGAUAAUCAGACAUUAUAUUCAGCAUACGAAUUCUGUUCGGGAGACUCUGGUCAUUUUGACACUAAGAACUCUCCCGAUCAAGACUGUUCUUCCUCAAGAACGCUUUGACGUUGGGAAGUUGGGGGUUGACGGGGUUUACAGGUGCAUUGUUGAGUUUGGGUAUAAGGAUUCGCAAAGUAUGGAGGGCGAAGACUUUGUUGGGUCUGUAGUCGACAAGCUAAAAGAGAUUGCAACUUCACGAGAAGAACUGAUACGACUUGAGAUGGGAAAAGAGAGUGGGGUCGUGUUUGUUACGGGGAGAACCAUUUUGAAGUCGGAUAAAAAGAACGGUUGGCUAGGUCACAUAGCUAUAUCUUAUCUUUAUAGGUUCUUUCAGAAGAAUUGCAGGUCUGCAGUUUCAAGCCUUAGGGUUCCUCCGGGGAAGACGAUUCAAGUGGGGAUGCUCUACGAAAUAUAGGAAACUUGUCAUAUGUAUCUGGUUCUUGUAUAAUAAUAAACCUUGAUUAACAAUUAAAAUAAUCUGGUUUUUGUUUUUAUAAGAUAAAAAUGUUGACAAAUUUGUGGAAUAAAAACAGAAUCCUUAUCUCUGU